CGCCCCCGCGCAGGGCGGGCUCCGCGCGCUUAUUCGGCCGCGAGCCGCGCUACUGCGGGCCAGCUGCGGGCCAGCUGCCGGCCGCCGCUGCGGGAUGCUGCGCUCCACGUCCACCAUCACCCUGCUCUCGGGCGGCGGCGCCAGGGCGCCCGGGGCGCCCAGCAGGAGGGCAAAUGUCUGCAGACUGCGGCUGACCAUACCCCCCGAGAGUCCAGCCUCAGAGCCAGGUGAAAAGAAGGUUGAAAGAAAAGAACAACAUCCUGACCUAAGCAAUGGGGAGCCAACCAGGAAACUUCCUCAGGGUGUUGUCUACGGCGUGGUGCGGAGAUCAGAUCCAAACGAGCAGAAAGAAAUGGUGGUGUACGGGUGGUCCACCAACCAGCUGAAAGAAGAGAUGAACUACAUCAGAGACGUGAGAGCCACUUUGGAAAAAGUAAGGAAGCGAAUGUAUGGAGACUAUGACGAAAUGAGACAGAAGAUUCGACAGCUCACCCAGGAAUUGUCAGCUUCCCAGGCUCAGCAGGAGUAUCUCGAGAGUCACAUCCAGACACAGUCGUCCGCCCUGGACAGUUUCAACGCCACGAACUCAGCCUUAACAUCGGACUCCAUCGGCCUGCAGAAAACCCUGGUGGAUGUCACUUUGGAAAACAGCCACAUUAAGGACCGGAUGAGGGACCUGCGGCGGAGCUAUGAGGCGUCCGUGGGCCAGCUGCGCGAGAGGCAGAGGCAGCUGGAGGUGGCGCAGGUUGAAAACCAGCUGCUGAAAAUGAAGGUGGAAUCCUCCCAGGAGGCCAACGCCGAGGUGAUGAGGGAGAUGACCAGGAAGCUGUACGGCCAGUACGAAGAGAAGCUGCAGGAAGAGCAGCGGAAGCACAGCGCCGAGAAGGAGGCUCUCCUGGAAGAAACCAAGAGUUUUCUGAAAGCAAUUGAAGAAGCCAAUAAAAAGAUGGAAGCAGCGGAAAUCAGCCUGGAGGAGAAGGACCAGAGGAUCGGGGAGCUGGACAGGCUGAUCGAGCGCAUGGAAAAGGAAAGACCAAGCUGCAACCUAAAGAAGGAGGAGGUCAAAGUUCUGAUUUUUGCUAUGGAACGUCACCAGCUUCAACUCCAGCUCCUGGAGCACGAAACAGAGAUGUCAGGGGAAAUAAUGGACUCUGACAGGGAAAGGUACCAGCGGCUGGAGGAGGCGUCUGCCAGCCUCCGGGAACGCAUCCGGCACCUCGACGACAUGGUGCAUUGCCAACAGAAGAAAGUCAAGCAGAUGGUUGAGGAGAUCAUGUCACAUGAGCUCUUCUGCAGACUUAGUCUCCGGUUCUUUGGAAGAUGAUAAAACUGUAGCCUGGGUUGGAAGCAAUUCCUUUUAUUGUUCGCGAUUAGAAGAAUACUUGUGCUCUGCUGGGAGGAAGUGGCAUGUCGGUGUGAGGAGCCGAGGAACAAAACAAGAAGGACGUGGUGUGGAGAGGAAAAUCUGACCACGCAGGGCUCUCAUUUGUGAAAACAUCACACACUCUCAUCUCAACUUGUCCAGCCUCACGCUGCAGAGCCAAGAGACCUCAAAGGAUACUUUUAGAAACUUGGGUUCCUAGACAUCAAAUUCUUGAAGAGCUGCGCUGAAAAAUAAUACUAAAAAAUAACUCAGGAAGUGCCAGCUGGAGGCUGGUUCUAAAAUCUUGGGAAAGGAAGCCUCACUUCCGGAAAAGCUGCCAAGGGCACCUGCUAAGGCUGGGACGCGGGCUUGAAGAACUUGAGUGCUCCGGGAAGGAAGUGCUCCCCACCGGCGCUCACCCCACAUAAGAUGGAAGCAGCCACGUGUCCAUGUAGUUUGGUUAUAUUUGCACAGGGGAGGGGGCCCUGAGGAUGUCCUCUCCGAAUGGAGACCAAAAGCACUAGUCAAUGUAGCAUUCUGUUUGUUGAAGCAGGGUUUGGUUUGCUUUUUAUCCCCAUGGGCAUUCUGCCCAAAUAGACAGCUUGGCUAACUUCAUGGAAAGGAAAAGUCUGAGGAAAAGAGAAAUAUAUUUGAUCGAAAUAUAUUGAAGUGAAAUAUGCUCCAUGCCUGCUUUCUUGUUACAGGGAUCUUCUUGAGAAAGCCACAGGGGCUGUUAGGUCACCAAACUCAACAGUUACUGAAGACUGGUGGUGGUAGCAGCAGCGGCAGUGGUAGUUAAUAGUCAGUGGGUGGGUUAGCCUAAUAAGCCAGUAGGCUGGGCUGACUUCGUUAAGGGGCGGGGUGUUACUUAGGCGUUGGGUGGUUCUCUCCUCCCACUCCUCCAUGGCAGAGUGGGUGGGUAAAUGGUCUCCUGUCAGUAUUUGUCUUGGUCUUUCCUUCAGAUGCUUCUAACCCACGUUAGCAAGUCGGUGGUGGGUGGGGAAAGAAGCCUGGGAUUCUUAGGGCUACAGUUCGUCCCGUGGCCACUCACAUCCCCACCCAAAGGAGGUGUUACUGAGAAGUUUGAGGCAGAAUUUAUUUAGAGUGAAUAAAAAUGUUAGUUUCAAAUUCUCAUGUUCAACAUAUUAUUUACUUCUUUGUUUUAAAAUCUUAGAUACUUUGGGGGUGCC